GGCAGUCUGAGCGCAGCAGCAGCAGCAGACCUACUUUACGCACAGCGCGCAGAUGGAGCGGACCGACCUCCUCCUUCUCCUCGCCCUCCUGCUCGGCCCGGCCGCGGCCGACCUGAACCUGGUUCUCCUCCACACCAACGACGUGCACGCGCGCGUGGAGGAGACCAGCGUCCACUCCGGUAAAUGCAGCGGCAAAGCGGGGGAAUGCUUCGGCGGCGUGGCGAGGAGAGCCACGAUGAUCCAACGGAUCCGGAGCCAAAAUAAGAACGUUCUGCUGCUGGACGCCGGAGACCAGUUCCAGGGGACCGUGUGGUUCAGCUACUAUAAGGGAGCCGAGGCGGCGCACUUCAUGAACAGGCUGAGAUAUGAUGCGAUGGUUUUCGGGAACCAUGAGUUUGAUAACGGAGUAGAAGGACUCAUGACGCCGUUCCUGCAGGACAUCCAGUGUCCCGUCCUCAGCGCCAACAUCAGAGCCGACAGCACCCUGGCCUCCACCUUCGGCCUCACAUAUUCACCCUACAAGAUCUUUGAGGUCGAAGGUCAAAAGGUCGGAGUGGUUGGAUACACGUCACGAGACACGCCUGCUCUGUCCAGACCCGGUAGGAAGGACUGA